CCUAGGCUGGAGCCGCUCCUGGCCCCAGGCGGGUAGAUUUCGUGCCGCUUGUUUUCAGUCAGAGCCAGGAGCGGGUCCGGGGCUGGGGUGUUAACUGUUCAUCUGAGUACCUGAUGCUGAAAUUUGUUCCUCUUUAAAUUGAGGAGACCAUUGUUAUGAUUCUCCGUGACUAAGUACCCUUCCCCCCAUCGUUACGUUACGUUACGUUACGUUACAUGCCAAGCUGAUACAAUGAUGAAUUCUCAAAGUUUCUCAUUACCAACAAUGGUGCCCAGUAGCUCUGUUAUUAAUAGCUCCGUGACUAGUAACUUAUCAACGAACAAUCCACCCAGCAAAUCAGUUCUCAUUAGCAAACCGUUUAAAUGCUCUGAAUGUGGCAGGUCUUUUGCCCAGCUGACGGAGCUGGAGCUUCAUGAGAUGUCUCACGCUGCGGAGCGACCGUAUCGCUGCGAGCUCUGUGGAAAGACCUUUGCGCAGACAUCAGCUCUGGUGAAGCACCAGCGUGUUCACACAGGAGAGAAGCCUUACAAGUGUCCCAUGUGUGGGAAGACCUUUGCCCUGUCCUCUGGCCUGGUACUACACAAACGCAUUCACACUGGCGAGCGGCCCCACACCUGCCCGCUCUGUGGCAAGAAAUUCAUCUCCUCCUCCCACCUGGCCCUGCAUCUGCGCUCGCACACGGGCGAGAGGAAGUACAAGUGCAAUGUGUGUGGGAAGCUCUUCCUACAGUCCUCGCACCUUGUGAGGCACAAAGCAAUCCACACGGGGGAAAAGCCCUUCAAAUGUGAGGACUGUGGGAAGAACUUUGGGCGUGCCUCACACCUGAAGACUCACAGACGGGUUCACACAGGGGAGAGGCCUUUCAAAUGCACACAGUGCGAGAAGGCCUUCACGCAGAAGGCAGGACUGAUCCUGCACAUCCGCCUUCACACUGGUGAGAGGCCCUACAAAUGUGAGAAGUGCGGGAAAAACUUCCGUUCCUCCGCUCACCUCAUGUCGCAUCAGCUCCUUGAGUCUGGGGAGAGGAAUUUCAAAUGUACCACAUGCAGUAAGGCCUUUAAGCAGGCCUCAUCUCUCAAACAGCACUUAAAAACACAUGAAGCCCGCGAGCCUCAUCGCUGUUCUGUUUGUAGCCGAACUUUUUCUAGGUCCUCUUAUCUCCAACUUCAUAUGAGAACGCACAGUGGGGAGAGGCCCUAUCAUUGCAUGGUUUGCAACCGGACUUAUGCCAAAAUGUCUACAUUUGAGAAACAUUGUAAAAAGCAUCAGCAGGAUGAAGAGAGGUGUGACAUCAGGCCCAGAGCAAUGACUACAAGGGCAAAAGCACUGGCUGAAAAGAAAAGGCAGGAGCAGAAACAGCAGCACCAAGAUGACCACCCAGAACAACAUCAUCAGCCUGACAGAGAGCAGCAACAAGAUGGAGAGCAGUAAUAGUCACUAAAACCAAAAUUGGGUGUGGUUCCCCGUGCCCCCACCCCAAAUGGGGGAGAGAGUGGCUUGGUUAAUUUCUAUCAAAUAAAAACCCCGUGUCACACAAGUGUUGUUCAAGAAAACAUUCUGAAAUGGAAUUCUGCAUCCUAAAGGUGCAAUGCAAACACUUUUCUUUGUCAUACCAUCAUCUCUCCAAUAAGUCUCCCAAUGCUCCAUACAAUCAGUGUUGUGUUCAAAAUGUUACAUGGUUACAAUAGAGUUUCACAAAGUUCAUCCUUAGCUAUUUUGUUUUAGAUAGGUAGGAUGCCUCUUCUAAGCUAGAGUCGUAAGGGUUACCAUUCAGCCAAAAUGUUCGAUUUUAUAGGGAUUGUUUAAAAAAAAAAAAAAAAAAAGUGGGAUGAGUCUUUGAAUGCAAGAAGUAAAUUGAGAUCCCUUGGGUGAAGAUUAAAGUAAGUGACAUUCCUGCACAAAAUGGAGUCCCAACUUUUUGCUUACACUGGUACCAGAAAUUGGGUACGGCAAGAUUAAUGGAAUUUUAACCUGUGAAGUGCAAUUUGUUUCUAAAGCACUGUAAAUAUCUAGAAAAUAGCUUUGAGACUGUUUUGUCUUACUUUCCCAAGGAAAAGGGAAGUUCUGCUCAGCAUCCAAGCACUGCUUGGUGUCUUGAGUGAGAUAUGUUUGAAGAGUGGCAGGGCUUACUGUGUGGUGUUGGAGAUCAGCUUUUUUUCCAUCAUUUUCAGAAAAUAAAUAAGGCAAGUGGGGAGAAUCUGUAAUUCAGGUUAAUUUGAACAACUUUGAACUUCCAAAACAUCAUUUUGUAUCAAAGCUGAAAGAGUAAUAUAUAUAUUUUAAAUUAAUCUUUUCAGAAUAGAAAAUUUGUUGGUGGAGAGAGAUUCUAAUUUCUGUCCUUUGGCCAAAUCAAGUGUACUAUUAAAGCAUUGUUGUCUUUGGUUAGUGAAACCAUUGCAUUGGGAAAACUUGGAAAUACCAUAAUGACCACAGUCAAAUCAAGUUAUUUCAUGUUAAAUAUGGCCGAGAGAUCAUCUUUAACAGAACUGAGAUAACAUUCUACAGAUUCUGAGGAGCGUUAAAAAUAUGUUUAAAGUAAACAAAAACAACAGGAAGAAAUGUGGUGCCUUUAUCAAAGCAUAGCUCUUCUUAAAUCAGAGCUUCAUCCUGUUCUUGUAAGCUUUAAAUCAUUUUAGCAACACUAUUAUAGAGCCUACUUUAAAUGCUUACUUAUCACUUAUUAUUACCCAAAAAGUCAUUUAUGCCAGGAAAAAAAGGAAGAAAUCAUUUCCGUACUUUGAGCAUGUUUAAAUGCACGUUCCUUAUUUUCUAUAUUGAGUGCAUUGACUUUUUCAGACUAUAUUUUCAUGCCAUUGUGUGGAAACACAUAUUUUGCACUUUAAGGAUAUAUUUAGAAAGGCAUGUGUCUUUGGUUCUCUGUUGCAUACUCACAAGUCCAUGUUUUUAAGCCAAAAAUGUAUUGUUGCAGAUGGAAUGAGAACUUAUGCAUUGUAAAUAUAUCAAAGAAUUGAGUCAGAGAAAUUACGCUGUGGGGGAAUUGAAUUCAAUUUAAUAGCACAUUCACAGUUAACAAAACUGAUGAAAAAAUCCUUUGACUUGUCUUCAGAAUUUACUGUACAGUAGAUGAACUGAGGUACAAAAAAAAGUAUUUCACGGACCUGAUAUUUUUAUAUAGCUGAAUUGUACACUUGCAGUAUUCAAACAGACAAAUAGAACAUCUGAUAUAAGUCAGAGUUUAUUGUCAUGGUAACUUAUAAUGCAAACUUUUGCUACAGACUUUAGAUUCAUUCUGUUGUGAACUGUAAUGUUCUUUGAGAGGGACCAGACUCACUGGGAUAUAUCUGCAGUCGUGUUAUGCAGCAGUGCCAUACAAGUAGAGUUUAUCUUUUUGUACUUCAAUAUGCCUAUUAAAAUAACCACUAUAAAUGGCUGUCUACUUUUCCAUCCUAACACUUCUGAUUUUAAUCCUUUUACUCUAAACUAUUUGCUACCAAAAGUAAAAUGGAAAUCACUAGUAGUUUAGCUUCCUUUAAAACGUUUAAAUUGUUUUAGCUAGCUAUAUAAUGUUUCUCUGCUAGUUGUGGUAUUCCCCUUACAAAAUGUAGAAGUCAUUGGCACGCUAUGUUCUUACUUGCACUCUAGUGUACUUCCACUCAGAAUUCAAAGAUGAUGACAAAAGAAACUUUUUAAGAGCUAUCUUAUUCCCUCCAUGUUGCUCCUUUUGUGCUUAUUUAUUUCCAUUUUACACAUACCCACCCCUUUUCUUUUUUAAUCUUCCCCUUUUGCUUUUUCAGUUUCCUGCUCUGUCAGCUGUCUUCUCCCAGUGACCGGAAGCCCAGGAUGCAGGAUCGACCCAGAAAUUGUAAAUUAAAAAAAACAAGUUCCAGGAGUAUUUCAGAGUGGAAAAAUGAAAGUAUGCUCUAUUAUGCCCUGAAUGUUACACUAAUCAGAGAACCCGCUCACAAAGUAAAGAACGUGGAAGAGCAUGCGAUCAGUGAGCCUGGUGACAUGGCUGACAUGGGUCAGAAUGACCCUUUUUGGAUAACUUCACGCUAAGAGCUUAAGUGAAUGAUUUAUGAGAGAGUAAACUAUGGCUGAACUUUGGUCUGUGUCUGCUUUGCAAUCCCUUCCAAAAUUAUGAAGUAAACCAAUCAUAAACACCUACGAGGCAUAUUUCUGGAACAUGUGACUCCUUUGAGAACAAAAAGAUCUAUAAGUGCUAAGCAAAGUAAAUGAGUCAGAUCCAUUCCCCAAUUAAUAUCCGAAGAGGUUCGAGACUGUGAGACAGAAGUCGUCGGGGUAACCGAAACCCCGCCUUAAGGGACCUUUGCAAGACCUUAGAACCAGAAGUCGUCAGGGUAACCAAGGCCCUGCUUCGAGGGACAGACCAAGUGCCUGAGAGGGGACAGAAGAAAGAGGAGCAAUCAGGAUACUGUGUAAGUCCAACAGAGUUACUGAGGGGUUCUGCUUGGGGAACUGAGGCUUAUGGAAAAGAAUGUACCAUGUAACCUUAACUGCUUGUGUGAUUCUCUCUCAAAUAAAUGACUGUGCAUUAAGCA